UUACGUGUUUUUAUUGACUACGGCUUGCCUGACUAAAAAGACAGCUAAACUUACUAUUUAACUAACUUUUACAUAACUUAGCUAAGUUGAAGACUUGUGAGUUUUGAGUUGUGAUAGUGUCAAACACAAAAUUUUAAAUUAAUACCGAAUUUCAGUGAUAAAGGUCCCAUAAUGGAUAAUAUAUUGUGAGGAACAGAAACAAAGAAUAGUAAGAAAUGCUUCGUUUCACACUAGCGUUAUUCUUAUUUGGCCUGGUCACCUGUGACCACAGCAAGACCAAUCAAUGGCCAAACCGGUCUACUAUAGUCCACCUGUUCGAGUGGAAGUGGAAGGAUGUGGCGGAAGAGUGCGAGAGGUUCCUCGCUCCUAAGGGUUAUGGUGCUGUCCAGAUAUCACCACCAUCAGAGAACCUAAUAAUAAGGAAUAACGGCAACAGGCCGUGGUACGAGCGGUACCAGGUGAUGUCGUACCAGUUGGUGACCAGGUCGGGAGGUGAGGAGGAGCUCCUGGACAUGACCAGGAGGUGCAACAAAGUGGGAGUCAGGAUCUACGCUGACGUCGUCAUCAACCACAUGACUGGUAACGCUGCCGCCGGCAGUGUGGGUACUGGUGGCAGCACCGCCGACUUCGACCACUACCAUUACCCCGCGGUACCGUACGUCGCUGACAACUUCCACACACCGCAUUGUGAUAUCAACGACUAUCAGAAUGUUUCUGAGGUUAGAAAAUGUCAGCUGGUCUCUCUGAAGGAUUUGAACCAGAGUCAAGAAGUGGUGCGCAACCAUAUCGUGAAGUAUCUCAACCAUCUGAUCAAGCUGGGCGUUACUGGCUUCAGAGUGGACGCGUCCAAGCACAUGGAUCCCCGCGACCUUCGCGAGAUUUACAGUCGUCUGGACAAUAUCACGGAUUUGGGGGUCGGACGACGUCCGUAUGUCUACCAGGAGGUGAUAUAUUACGGCGGGGAGCCCAUCCGGCCUGAUGAGUAUACGCCCCUGGGUGACGUCACUGAGUUUCGGGUUGGCAACGAAUUAAAGAACGUUUUCCGCGGUCACAACGCUAUGAAGUGGUUGCGCAACUGGGGGGAGGAGUGGGGGCUGUCACCCAGUGGAACCGCACUAGCGUUUAUCGACAACCACGACACACAGCGGACUAGUGAUGUACUCACUUAUAAGGAGGCGAGAGCUUAUAAGGCAGCAGUAGCCUUCAUGUUGGCGCACCCAUAUGGCACUCCGCGCGUGAUGAGCAGCUACCACUUCGACAACCAUGAGGCCGGACCGCCCAGUCAGAAUGAAGAAAUACUGUCCCCUACCAUACAUCCGGAUGGCACUUGUGGUAACGGCUGGGUUUGCGAGCACAGAUGGCGUCAGCUCUACCAGAUGGUGGGGUUCAGGAAUGCCGUGGGAUCUGCCCCGGUUUCCCACUGGUGGGACAAUGGGAGCAAGCAGAUUGCUUUCGCGCGGGAGAAUAGAGCCUUCAUUGUCUUUAAUGGCGAAUUGGGCGUGGAUUUGAAUGUUUCUUUGAAGACGAGUCUACCUCAAGGUGUAUAUUGUGACGUCAUAUCCGGGGAAAAUAAAGAUGGCGGAUGUACUGGAAAGACGAUAAGCGUGAAUAAGUACAGUGACGCACACUUCUAUGUACCGAAGGAUGCUGAAGACAUGCACAUUGCUAUUCACGUUGGUGCAGAGUCUAAAUUAUACUAAAGUCCAGAGGCACUGUCUGUAAUGGAACAUGGAUAUUAUUGGAUAUCAUUUACCUGCCAAACAAAAAAAUACUUUAAUAAAAAAUAUAUUGUAUACACCA